AAAAGAAGAAAACUACUAGAUAAGAGAUAUAGUGUGUAUCAAAAAAGGAAGUUAGAGGGAGAAAAGAAAAGAAAAGAAAAGGAAAAAUAGUAUUAUAGUAUCGUAGGCGCUGUUCCCUUUCCUUUCCCCAACUUCUCCUAUUAAAUCUCUUUUUCUCUUUCUCUGUUUUCUUGUCAACCUCUUCCCCUUUGCUUUGCCCUUCCCAAAAAAAGAUUUUUUUUCUUUUUGGUUUUUCUUUUUCACCACUUAUUAAUUUUUUAUCUCUUUGCAAAUACAAAAUUUCAUUAAAAAAAAAAAAAAAAAAAAAUCACUUCUUUUUCCAAUGCAUAUAUAAAUAAUAUAAUUCAUUCAUUUCUCUUAAAAGCUCCCCAUUUUCACACCUCUCCUCUACCCCUUUCUUUCUUCAUUUCCUUGAGAAUCUCAAUCCAACUUCUUCUCCCAUUUCUCUUUAAACCCUUCCAUUCCCUUUCUUAUCCCUCCUUCCGAAUCCAUGGCGGUUCACGCUCAGUUCUACCCUGAAAACCUCGUCUUCCCCUUCCCCGGCAACUCACCACCCGAUUCCCUCUCUCAAUUUUGCUUCCAGAAACCGCCGCUCAUUUCACCAACCGAGUUUUUCUCUGUCUCUAGCGUCGGCGACGGUGGCGAUGUGGGCUCUGUUUUGAACUUCACCAAGAAUCCUCACCGGACGGCCGCUGCAACGGCGGGGUUUUCUCAAUGUGUGAGUGCACAUGUUGAGAAGCAGAGACAAGAGAUCGACCAUUACAUUAGAUUGCAGAAUGAGAGCUUGAGAAUAGCGUUGAGAGAGCAAGGGAAGCAACAAAUUGUAGCAUUAAUGAAGAAAAUCGAAUUGAAAACAGCGAUUAUGUUGAGACAAAAAGAAGAAGAAAUAGCCAAAGCUGCUAAAAAAACAAUGGAACUUGAAACUUUCUUGAGAAAAUUAGAAACAGAGAAUCAACUUUGGCAAAGAAUUGCUCAAGAAAACGAAGCCAUGGCUAUGUCUCUCAACAACACAUUGGAUCAAAUGAGAGAAAGAGUUUCCAAUUCCUUCGACGAUGCAGAAUCUUGCUGUGACAUGAACUCCGCCACCGCCGACGAACAAAUUCCGGCGAGAAACAGAGGAACAGAGUGCUGCUCUGUUUCAGAACAAGGGAAAAUGAAGAACAAGAAAAUGAUUUGUAGAAGCUGCAAUUGUAGGAAUUCCUCAAUGAUUUUCUUGCCAUGUCGACAUCUUUGUUGUUGUAAAGAUUGUGAAACUGUUCUUGAUUCAUGUCCGGUUUGCAAUACGGGGAAGAAAGCAAGCAUAGAAGCUUUGAUUUUCUAAGGAAAGAACACAAAAAAAAAAAAAAGAGAAGACACCCAGAAUUUUCUUUUCCGGGAAACUGAGAGAAAAUCAUCAGAUAGAAAAUGAUGAAGAUGAUGAACAGAAAAAAAAAAAUUGUCAAUAGAAGAAGGCACUGUUCUUCAAUGUUUGUUUUCUUCUUAUUAUUAUUAUUAUUAUUAUUUUUUACUGUUUCUUCUGAUUUUGGAUUGGAAAAUUGUACUUUGAAACUACCAAAAUGAAGUGGACAGAUUAUUACAAGACA